CUCCGGUACAAUUUGUUGUUUAUCAUGUCUGGACGCGGCAAGCAGGGCGGCAAGGCUCGCGCCAAGGCCAAGACCCGCUCCUCCCGGGCCGGCCUGCAAUUCCCGGUGGGCCGAGUGCAUCGUCUGCUGCGCAAGGGUAAUUACUCGGAGCGCGUGGGCGCCGGCGCCCCGGUGUACCUGGCGGCCGUGCUGGAGUACCUGACGGCCGAGAUCCUGGAGCUGGCGGGCAACGCGGCGAGAGACAACAAGAAGACGCGCAUCAUCCCGCGCCACCUGCAGCUGGCCAUCCGCAACGAUGAGGAGCUCAACAAGCUGCUGGGCCGCGUGACCAUCGCGCAGGGCGGCGUCCUGCCCAACAUCCAGGCCGUACUGCUGCCCAAGAAGACCGAGAGCCACCAUAAGGCCAAGGGGAAGUAAAUGAGAUUAAUCUUCUGAGAAAAAAAAAAGGCUCUUUUCAGAGCCACCACUUCAUCAUUUGAAAGAGCCUUUUCCUGACUUUUCUAAGUAGUCCUAGCAAUCCUUCCAUUUUCACCUUCCUAUUUAUUUUAUAAGACUUUAGAAAUUAAGAUCCGUAAUAAGAGUUAAAA